ACGUUGGUUGUAUGAGCGAGUGAUGCCUAUCAAGAUAUUUAUCACUUGGGGUAUGUCCAUGGUGAUUCCAGGCGGGAUAUCAGUGUACUGACUGCUGGAACCUUCGCAGGACGAUUGAAGGUUGAGACGUGAGGUGGAUUUGUCGAAGGAUAAGCAAACUUUUGAUUAGAUAUUCAGGCGAGGUAGAUAUUAUAGGUAGAUCGAGGCGUAAUAUCGUCAAGGCACUGAAUUACUGUAAACGGGAAAAUUGUGUCCACCUUUGAGUCGUACAGCUUGAAGCCUGAAUCCAUGCCGUCUACCACCAGGAUAUUGUAGCUCUGAACUUGCUCUGUGACCCGAGUUACUUGCUUUAUGCGCUUAUGGAAAGAACUCGAAGCCGGUGGGAAGAUAGCUCUUUUUGAUGCCUCAGACGCAGAUGUGAUACUGCGCUCCAGCGACGAUGUCUCGUUCAAGGUCUACCGCAAGGAUUUAGAAGCCUACUCAGAUGGAUUCGUUGGUCCACCAUCAUCAAUAGAUGAGGUCGAGGUCGUUCAACUUACGGAGACUUCAAGAGUCCUAGAACUGCUCUUGCAGUUCAUGAGGAGGCAGCGUCAGCCCAGUUUCAAAGAUGUUGACUUCAACGUCCUGGACGGGCUUGCAGAAGCGGCUGAGAAAUAUGAGGUGUUCAGUGCGACGGAACCCUGCAAAAUCUGGAUGAGUGCUGCGGCUUCAUCGCAUCCUGUCGAAGUAUUGAGCUAUGCAAUGAAACAUGACUAUACCGAGCUUGCGAACCAAUGUGCUGUGCACACCAUCGGCCUAGAUGUAGAUUCAACGUUGAAAAGACUGCCGCCUAAUGCACAACUUCCGUGGCUCCGCUACUGUUAUAAAUGGCACAACGUCGUUCCCGACUUACUCCGCUACAAGAAUCCAAUUCAAUGUCGAAGGAAAUCGCCACCGGACGGUCCACCAUGUGCCUUAUGGAGCGAGUUCUACGCUCGUGUGGCGGAAAAAUUUGCUCGAGGGGGUCUAAAGGUAUUACAACCCGGAGAAAUCGGGUCUGUCUUUCGUAUAGCCGAAGAGACGACCGGUAUAGAGGACUGCCCCAAGUGUGUACUCAGAACUCGCUUCAAAAUGGCGGGAUCACGCAGAGCGGUUGGUCCAGCAGCCAAAAUACACCAAAUUCAUCACUUCGUAGUUGCAUGAACAAAGUGGAAUCGAGCAGUACUUCGGAACUAGUGUACCAACUUCAG